AAGUCCCUUUAAAAAUUCUUUCACAGCUGACUUCAAUAAUGGCGCCAGUCAUAGAUGCUUCUGUCGAGGGAAAUUCCACUGGAAAACUUUUUCCUGAUCUCAAAAAUGACUUAUUGAUAAAAGCCGCUAAAGGGGAGACCGUAGAGCGUGUUCCUGUAUGGAUAAUGAGACAGGCAGGGCGAUAUUUACCUGAGUUUCGAGCUAUGAAAGAAAAACAUGACUUCUUCACAAUUUGCCAAACACCUGAACUUGCCUGUGAAGUCACAUUGCAGCCUAUCAAUAGGUUUGACCUAGAUGCUGCAAUUAUAUUCUCAGACAUACUGGUCAUUCCACAGGCCUUAGGUAUGAAAGUCCAAAUGGUCCCUGGAAAGGGACCUGUUUUUGAUCAACCACUGAAAAGUACAGAUGAUUUAAAGAAUCUGGAUUUCAAAGUUGAUGUGAAGCAAGAGUUAAAGUAUGUUUAUGAUGCCAUCAGCUUGACAAGAAUAAAACUGGCAGGAAAAGUGCCGCUCAUAGGUUUCGCUGGUGCUCCAUGGACGCUGAUGGCCUAUAUGAUCGAGGGGUCUGGCAGCAAAACGUGGUCUGCUGCUAAGAAAUGGCUGUAUCAAAGCGAGACAGAAAGUUCCCGACUUUUGCAGAAACUAACUGAUGUUGUUGUUGACCAUUUAGUCGAACAAGUACGAGCUGGUGCUCAGGCUCUGCAGGUGUUUGAAUCGCUAGCUGAUAUCCUCCCUCCAAAGCUAUUUUCACUGUAUUCACUUCCAUACUUGAACCAAAUUGCCACAAGAGUCAAGCAGAUCCUCGGAGACGACGCUGUCCCCAUGAUUAUAUUUGCUAAAGGGGCUUAUUUCGCGAUGUCCGACUUGACACAUAGCCAGUAUGACAUCAUCGGCCUCGAUUGGACGAUGAACAUACACGAUGCUCGAAUUACAGCCCCUGGUCAGACACUUAUGGGUAACUUGGAUCCUUGUGCUCUCUAUGCAGACGAGAAAGAAAUAAAGAGUCUGGUGAAGCAAAUGCUACGUCAAUUUGGCACUAGUCGCUACAUUGCCAACUUGGGACACGGAAUUUACCCCGAUGUGGACCCAGCCAAUGUUGAGGUUUUCGUCAAUGCUGUGCACGAUUACUCAAAGAAGAUGCUUCAGAACGAUCUUUCACCCGUUUAGAUUUAUAUGCAGUUUAGUCUAUUUCAUUUUUUAAAGUCAUUCUGAAACCAUAUCGUCCACGAUGACAUCAUGUAUAUAUAUAUCGUCAGAUAUAUAGAAGGCCGUUUUCCGUGGUUAGAUUUGACUCACAGGCCUAGGCAUUGGUAACAGUGGAUCGUUGCUGAUGGAGAAAGGCGUUGUUGGUGAUCGGGAAGGGGGUUGUUGAUUGGUAUCAAGAAAAAACGUCUUUUAUCAAGGGAGCCACUCCCAUUAAAAGAUUUUUCGACCAAACAGACAUAAAGUCUACAUAACCACCUCCGUUUUCCUUUUAGUUUGUGAUGGUUGUUGCCCAAAACUCCCAAUUCAGUUUUAUACUUUCAUGCAUAUAUUUGCCCACGUUUUCCAAUCUAGCCACCAUGCAAUUAGGAACCAAUCUACCCCUGUUACACGCCACAUCCCCCGGCAGUAGAAUAUUGCAAGUCGUUUUCUUCACGGAGUCUAAAUACAGUCAUGUUUGGAUUGCAGGGUGAUUUGAGUCCUGUAUUGCCAUUAUUUUUGAUACCGCAUUGUUGUGAAAUGCUUUGUUGUUUGACCUUAAAAGAUGAUAUCAAGCUCCGUUCAGGUAAACAGAUUUCAUGACAACCGUGAAUAGACCGCAUUAAAAUCGACCCAAUAGCUCGGUAAGGAAACUACCGGAGAAAUUGAAUAUGUCUGUCACGUGAUUGUUUAGAUCACGUCCAUUUUGCUUCGUCAUAACUUUUUUUUAUACUCUAGCAUUUUUUUUCUUAGACGUACACCUAUAAAAACACUUAGGUUUUAUUAUUAAGGAGAUAGAGUAUUGCUGAUUUUACUUUUAAAGACGCUUCAUUAGAAAAGGAAGCUUUGUAUUGGCGCUUAAAGUAGCGCAAGCGUUGAUAAGACGUUUUAUUAAAUGCAAAAACCCUUUGAGAAAUUUACUUAUAAACAACAUAGCUACUUACAAA